UCAGUAUAACAUCUCACUGAAUUACACAAAGCUUAGAACCAAUUCCUUAUAAUAAGUGUUAUUACAUUUUUUUUGUCUGUUUAUUUGAUGUUUUUUUGUGGAAGUUGUUUGAUGUGUUAAUGCUGAAGUCAUGCUAUUUAAGGCGAAUGCACAUCUGUAUGUUUUUGUUCAUGUUUCUAGAAAUUAUUAUGUUCAUGAUUUUGGCGGUAGCAAACAUUUAGAGCAAAACAGGAUUUUUGAGGACAUAACAGUACUAGAGCACUAAACACGUUGGAUGUUCAUAGUUCCUUUGAGAGAGGUUUGAUGUAAGUUCCAUGAGGAUAGAAAGUGUAAUUCUGAUGUUUAAAUAUGAGUGAAUCUUCAAAACAAAGUUCCUUUGGAGUUUAAGGUUUAAGAUCAAGAAUUUGGAAUAUGAGUCACAUUUGUAUCUUAUUCUUGGGGGUAUUUCUACAUUACUGAAUUAUGAAGUAACAUUCAUGCUAACAAAAUGGGCAAGGCAAUCUAAAUGACUUGGGUGAGGGCCAAAUUGCGAUGGCUAGACAACUGGGUCAGAGCAUCGCCAAGAUCCUUAUGGAGUGUUUCCUGGAUGCAGUGGUUAGUACCUGCCAUACGUGGUCCAAAAAAGGACAACUGGUAAACUGGCACAAGGCUAAUAGUGCUCACUCACUGAUGCACAGGGAGAGUGAAAGCAAGUUCAUCUGGAUUGAUCCCACAGAAGAACUACUGUAGCAUACAUCUCUGAAGAGUUACAUGCUGGCUAUGAUAGAAAUGUGCUUAAGAACUUGUUGUCAAGUGAUUAAUAGUGUCUGAGUGCCCAGAUUGUCCAAGCUGACCCCCAUUCAGUGCUGAAAGUGUCUACAACCAGCGUGCGAGAAACAGAUCUGGAUCAUGGAACACUAGAGGAGAAUGGUCUGGUUUAAUAAAUUAUAUGUCUUUUUACGUCAUGUGGGUAGUCGGGUAUGCUUUGCUCACCUGGGGAAGUGAGUGUACCAGGAUGCACUAUGACAGCAGAAGUGGUGUAUGACUUAGUCUCAAAAUUCCCCAGAUCUUUUAUGUUUUAAGGAGCUUUUAAUGUUAUGGUUGAUUGGUGUAUAGCAUUUCACAAUGUGUUAGCGUUUUUCACUGCUACGAAGGGACUUGGAGAGACGAGUGAGCUCCCUUGCUGCCCAAUGCAAAUGGCUGGGAGUAUUUUAUUUAUCACGGCACGAAACAGCAUAAACCACACAUUCAACAGUCAAUAAACACACAUCAACAGGACACACUUCUAACCCCCCCACACACACACCCUGGCCGAAGCCACUAACCCAAACACCUUUCCUCGACAGGGUGAACACCUAACAACCCCUCCCGCAAAGCAUGAUGGUUACUAGUCCAAAACCCCGCCCACGCCACAGUAUGUUAAUGAUUUUUUAAAAAUGCAUACCUCAUAACUUAGAGCCAUUUGUUAUACUGUUUCUCAAUUCCUUUUUCCAAAGACUAAGUACCCAGUUCCUAAUUUUAAUUUUGUAACUUACUUUCAUAUUAAAAUGAGUGCAUUAAUUCAAACCUCUAAUCUGUCUAACUGACUUGUGAGACUAUUAGGCCUGCCUUCAAUAAACCAACACUUUCUUAUCGGUCAGAAUCAAGCAUCAAACAGUGCUGUGGUAUAAAGGUCUUCGAACUGAGGCUGAAAUAAACUAAUAAUUCAUACCAGUAACAUUAGUUGCAGUUCUUUUACAUCUUUUUAUUGUUUACUAUAAACUCACUACCAAUAAGCAAUAUAUUGCUUUUGCUUACUGUAGUGUAAUUUUUGUGCAUGAGCAGUCAGCAGCUUCUGCUGAAUAAGUUUCACUUGCAAAAAAAAGUUUUGCUAGUUUUGCUCGUAGUUUUGCUUGUUGCAGAUGCAACACAUAUGGUCACUUUACAAAGAUAUAAAGGUAUGAAGGAAGCUGCAACAAGGAAGGUGGGUAGGAGAUGGAGUCUGGUGAAGCCACUGUGCAGUACAACCGAUGGAAUGAAGACAACAUUAACAUGAACGUUGCAGCUUCACAGACUAGUCUGAAUGGGGUCUAUAACAAACUGUGCACGGGGCAGCUGGGCAUGGUUGUAAGAGUGGCAGGCUCGCUGGCUGUAAUGGCUUCCAUGUACAUUCUCGGCUACAUCACUGGAUACUACGUCCACAAAUGCUGACAUUUGACAUCCAUUAAUGUGAAGACAUUUCUUCAUUGUGGCCAGCGACAUACAAUGAAUGAAGUAACUGUGAAGUAAUUUUAUAUAUUCAUUCUUCCUCAACCUAUAAAACAAGUUUUACUCGAACCUCCGUUCUUCACCAGUGUUAUCAUGUAUGAUUUUAUUUGCUCCAUUGAAGUUUGUAGUGUGUUAUGUGUCAUGUGUUUGAAUUUUCCUUAAACCUGAAAUGAACAUAGAAACAGCACAUUGUAUAUUAUUUAUACCAGUCACAUGCAAAUGGAAACACAUUUAUUAAUAAGCAUCACACUCAAUCUUUGUGUUUAUAGUUAUAUUUAAUGUUGCACAAGUAAUACAUUCAUCCCUGCUAGUAUUAUAGUGAUUUUCUAAUCAGUCUCUCCUUUUUCUCUUAAUCUUAAAUCAGAAACAUAAAUUCAGUUUUUUACAGUCUUAAGUCAUUUGGCAUGAAGGAAUUUCCUUAUGCCCUAACAGUUUUAUACCUUUAUAUGACCUUUACACAGCUCUGACACUCCUUCCAUAAUUCUUAAAUUAGACAUUUCUUCUUGGAUAAAUAUUGACUGUUGUUUAUUGUGAAAAUAAAAAACUGUACCAUGUACCAUGAGCGCAGUAAUAAAUAUGACAACACACCCACCAACACCUGUAGCCUUACUCAUUCAUGCACUCAUAUGGUAACAGCUUAAUGCAUUAAAUCAUGCGGAUUUUAAAUGCAGCAGCUUUAAUGAAUGGUCACAUCAAAAAUAAGAAUGGGGGAAAAUAUAAUCUCAGUGACUGCGGCAUGGUUGGUUGGUGUAUGAUGCGGCAUGAUGGUUUGAGUAUUCCGACAACUGCUGAUAAUUUUCCUGGGAUUUGGAUGCAAGAAAGCUUUACCUGGAAUGGUGUGGAAAAACAAGUAAAUGUC